AUGGCGGCGGCGGGGGCGGCGGCGUGAGGGGCCGGGACCGCCGAGCUCCGCGGGGGACGCGGGGCCGCCAUGGCCCUGCACGGCGCGCAGUAUAUUUUUGGGGAAUUCAGCCCUGAUGAAUUUAAUCAGUUCUUUGUGACUCCACGAUGCUCUGUUGAGCUCCCCCCAUACAAUGAAACAGUUUCAUGUGGUAUUAAAUCCACAGGGGAAGAGUAUCAGAGAAUUGAAUUUGGUGUUAACGAAGUCAUUGAGACGCAAUCAUCUGUCCUAAAUAACACCGACUACAGUAUUUCAAGUACUCUGAAUCCUCAGGCUCCAGAAUUCAUCCUCAGUUGUGCACCUGCUCAGAAACCCCCUGAUGAUGCUCUCAGUGAAACCAACUACAACUCCAUCGACUGCCAGUUCAGCGAUCCCGGCCUGGCUUUGGACAGCGGCUCCAACGCGGAAAACGACGGCUUGUCCGGAGGCCUCGGCCAGAGGGAGCGCAAAAAGAAGAAGAAAAGACCCCCUGGCUAUUACAGUUACCUGGAAGAUGUCAGCGAUGGCCUGGCCCCCCCGGAGGCGCUGGUGAACGGCCACGCCAACUCCUCGGGACUGCCCACGGAGGACACGGAGCUGGCAGGAGACAUCCCCUCCCUGGCCACGCCAAGGACUUGCAACAGCCCGGACAACUCCGUGGACUUCGUGCCUGGAGCUGUCCCUGCUGGGGCCGUUCCCAGCGCUCUGGACAAUGCCAGGACUGCCGGGCAGCCCGAGGUAUGCCGAGUUCCUAAUUCUGAACAGUUUUGCCUCCCCUCAGAGGCCGUCAGAGAUAGCCCCCUAAGGACAGCUGGUGUACAGUCUUAUGCUGGUACUGAUACUACUGAAAGUCUUGGCGUUACUAAUGGACAAACACUUGAAUCCUCUGGUGAGGACACAGCUGCCAAUGGGGUAGAAUUGCACACUGUGGAAAGCACUGACUCAGACCAAGCUAAGCCUGAGGAAGCUUCACCUACUACUGAGGCAACAGUCCCGGUUGCAGGAUCAGUCCCCGUUAAUCAGCCUGCAAAAUCGUGGGCUAGUCUUUUUCACAGUUCCAAGCCCUCUGCUUCCACAUCUGUGGUCUAUGUUGAGACUAAGUAUACCCCUCCUGCCACAUCUCCUCUGGUCCCUGAAAAACAGGUUGAAGUCAAAGAGGGACCUGUUCCAGUUUCAGAGGAUCCUGUAGCCAUAAAGAUUGCAGAAAUACUGGAAAGUGUAAGGCUAAUACAUAAACCAGUGUCUUUGCAACCCCGAGGGCUGAUCAACAAAGGAAACUGGUGCUACAUCAAUGCUACCCUGCAGGCCUUGGUUGCUUGCCCUCCAAUGUAUCAUUUAAUGAAGUCCAUUCCAAUGUAUUCCAAAUCGCAGAGGCCGUGUACCUCAACUCCAAUGCUAGACAGUUUUGUUCGUUUAAUGAAUGAGUUCACUAACAUGCCUGUACCUCCUAAAGCAAAGCAAGCUUUGGGUGAUAAAAUAGUGAGAGACAUCCGACCAGGAGCUGCCUUUGAACCGACCUACAUUUAUAGACUCUUGACGGUUAUAAAGUCGAGUCUGUCAGAAAAGGGCAGGCAAGAGGAUGCUGAAGAAUACUUGGGAUUUAUCCUCAAUGGACUACAUGAAGAAAUGCUGACCCUCAAGAAACUUCUCUCUCCACAUAAUGAAAAACUGUCGGUGUCCAACGGCCCCGAGGCUCAGGCUGUUCCUGAGGAAGAGGAGCAGGAGGAGCAAGGGGAAGGCAGUGAGGACGAGUGGGAGCAAGUGGGACCUCGCAACAAAUCCUCAGUCACUCGCCAGGCUGACUUUGUGCAGACUCCAAUCACUGAUAUCUUUGGUGGUCACAUAAGAUCUGUUGUUUACCAACAGAGUUCCAAGGAGUCUGCUACACUGCAACCUUUCUUCACCCUGCAGCUGGACAUCCAGUCAGACAAGAUCCGCACAGUGCAGGAUGCCUUGGAAAGUUUGGUGGCAAGAGAGUCUGUCCAGGGAUACACCACAAAAACCAAGCAGGAGGUGGAGAUCAGCAGAAGAGUCACACUGGAAGAGCUGCCCCCUGUUCUUGUCCUGCACCUCAAGCGGUUCGUGUACGAGAAAACUGGGGGGUGUCAGAAGCUUAUCAAGAAUAUUGAGUAUCCUGUUGAUCUGGAAAUUAGUAAAGAGCUACUAUCUCCUGGUGUGAAAAGUAAAAUUUUUAAAGGCCAAAGAACCUACCGGCUCUUUGCAGUUGUGUAUCACCACGGGAACAGCGCCACGGGCGGCCACUACACCACGGACGUCUUCCAAAUCGGGCUCAACGGCUGGUUGCGCAUCGACGACCAGGCCGUGAAGGUGAUCCAUCAGUACCAGGUGGUGAAGCCGACUGCGGAACGCACAGCCUACCUCCUGUACUACCGCCGCGUGGACCUGCUGUGACCCUGCCUGCAGCACCCUGCUCUCUAGGACGCCAACUAUCACUAAUUUCCUCUCCUCUAAAUGCUCUUCUGAGUGAAUCUAUUUUUCCUUUUUUUUUUUUUCCUUUUCUUUUCUUUUUUUUCUUUCCUUUUUUUUAUUUUUCCUUUUUAUUUUUCUUUUCCUUUUCUUUUUUUUUUUUAAUUUUUCCUUUUUUUUUUUUUUUAUUUCCCUCUUGGUUUUUUCCCCCACCCCCCACCCCGCCUCGCAACCAUAAGAGUGAUAAAGGAAACGACCGCGGGUUUGUGCGCGACGUAGCUUGUGUUGACUUUUUUUGCCAGAAUGAAGUCGCUUGGUUGGAAGACUCGAGUCUCGUGAAUCACACAAAAAAAAUAAAUACAAAACAAAAAUUAAUCUGAGUUCAUGCUGAAUCCUAAGAUAAUAAAGGGAUUGACAUUUAAUUCCCACUUUCUAAAUGCGUAGUAGAAGAAAACCCUGCACCAGCAACAGAACUUGUAGAUUUCUGUGAAAAUGUUUUAUCUUUACUUCAGUAAAAAAAAAAAAAAUUUAAAAAAAAAAUUUAAAAAAAAAUUAUAAAAAGAAAAAAGCUCUCUCUGCUUUCCCCAAUAGUUUUUUGAUAAGUGGUAAAAUAUGAGCCGAUGUGUAUGAGAUGGAAAUGGUCCUUUGUGCUUCAAAACAUGUACAAACUGCAGAGUUGCUGGUUCCUGAUAAGAAGACACAUUUUAAUAAUUGUGCGAUGAGAAACUGCUUAAGUACACAUUGCAGAUCAAAUAUUUGGAGUUAAGAUGUUAGUCUAUAUAGAUGGGUGAUUGUAACUUUAUUGCUAUUAAGAAAUUUCAAACUGCAUUUAUGCUUCUGUGUACAUGAAAUUAAGAAAAUGGGCAAAAUAAUUAAGAUUGAUAUUUCUUUAAGUCUGCUUUGUUUAAUUUUGCUGUCUGCUCUCCUAUAAUGUUGAGUUCCUAAUUGUACACAGUUUAGUGAUAUCUAGAAGUAUAAAGUUGUCGCCCAUCAAUAAAAGUCACAAAGUUGGUUUAA